GAAUCACAUGUCCCAAAUUUCAUGAUCCAACAUGUUUACAAUAGUUAAAACAGGGCGAGGGCGUUAUAUUGUUUAAGAAGGUCAAUUAACUGCUGAAAUUUGUCUGGUUUUGUAAUCACACGGUCAUUUAACUAUCUUUCCGAGUGAAAAACUACAACAAAAUGUCAAGUUGUCUUCAUGUUAUGUAGAUCAUCUAAUGUACUUUCGACAAAAGAUUAUUGUAAGAAUAUUUAUCCGCUAGUGAUCACGAGUACAUAUAUACGAUGGAUGAGGAUAUACCAGAAUGUAUAAGAAUUUGUGUUUAUUUUGGAAGACAAAUUAUUGCUUAAUCUUAAUCGUAAAGCAUUUUUUAUUGGUUAAAUAGAUGUAAAAAGUGAUGAAUUUCACGGAAACAGAGGAAGACAUUAUUUCUCGUAUGACAGAUGAAGCUAUUCUACAGAGAAUUCCUUGCAUUAUUUACAUUGGGAUCUUAAGUUUUAUUGGAAUUAUUGGGAACAUUCACGUGCUAAUAUUGUUCUCACGUGCAGACAGGAAAGCGUCAACGUAUACUGUGUUUGUUAUAGCUUUGUCAAUCGUGGAUUUGGUUGCAUGUGUAGUGCACAUGCCAAUGGAAAUAUUAGAUUUGACAAAACCGUAUACAUUUUAUAACGAAGUUGGUUGUCGGUUGUUCAGGUUUAAUAAUGCGUUUCUUUUGAUGUCUUCGAUUUUUAUACUUGUUUGUAUUGCAUUAGAAAGGUACCGAAGAGUUUGCAACCCUAUGAAAAAUCAAAUGACCGUACUGACAUCAAAAAGGCUUUGUGGUUUAUGCAUGUGCUUGUCUCUUGUUAUAACACUUCCCAUGUAUUUUCUCAAUGGACAUCAUGUUGUCAGUUUAGAAGGAAAUGGCGCCAACGCCACUGGAUAUAUGUGUUUCAUUAACGAUGACUUUCAUGGAACCUUGUUUUUAUAUUCAUACUUAGGAUUUAUGAUCAUCGUUUUCAUUAUAUGUUCGACAAUUCUAAUUUGUGCAUAUUUUUCUAUUUCAAAAGUUGUAUUUAGUCGUCACGCAAAUAUCAGAGACAGUCGGAAGUUGUCCGAAGACAUGCGUCAAAAUAUUUCUACCAUAGGGAGGUUAGACUCUGUUCAGUCAAACAUUUCAAACCUUUCAAACUGUAGUAAACAUGUCGAGUUGUACCGAAAUUUAUCAGCAGGAACAAUGAAAACUUUGAGAUUAUCAACUUUACGAACAACUAGGUCGCUUAUAGUUAUAACAGGAAUAUUUAUAAUAGUUUUUGCUCCAUAUUUAGUGCUGAGCUGUGUCAUAAGUUUGGAUAUAGAGUUCAAAUCAGGAUUAAGUAACUUUGAAUUAACUUUGUAUCAGAUUGGAAUACGACUGCUUCUUAUUAAUAAUGUUUCAAAUCCAUUUGUAUAUGGGUUCACAGAUGAUCGAUUUAAAAAUGGAAUCCAGUCCUUUUAUUGUCGUCGAAAACAAAACAAAUGAAAAUUAAAAAUUGUUGUUAUUAUUAGAAAUUCUUAUAUAUAAAACUAGCAUGCUACCGAAAGCAAGCUGAACACAGUUUCAACAACGCACACUAAAAGAAAAUUGGUUAAAACAGAAAGUAUAUAUUAAAAAAUGUACUAUUUGUGCUACAUGUAUUGAGAUCCCUUACAAAAAAUAUGAUGGAAUGUAAAGUUGAAAACUAUCGGGUCCAAGUAUAGAACGAUCACAACCAAAAAGAAAAAUAACUUAAUGGUAAACAUAUUGGGUGACAAAGAGACACUAUUGUGUAUACACCUAGGAAAGCAGUUCACCCGAAAAAAAUCAAAGAAUCAUUCUCAAAUAAGUAAAACCAUUUAAAAAAUACAAGAAACUCUCAACUUUAUUUAUCACUCAAAUUCACAACAUCACAGUUCCAUAUUUGUAAUUUGAGGUUCUAGAAAUAUCAUGGCUUAUCAUUUUUUAUUAAACAUUUACUUUUUUAUAUUAUUAUUAGAUUAUAAAUCCCAAAGAUGAUUCAAGUCUGCAAUUUUCGAGCAAUUAACUGUUCUAUAAAAUUAAGAAUUGAAAUGGGGAACGUGUCAAAGAAACAACAACCCGAACAUAGAACAGAAAACAGCUGAAGGUCACCUAUAGGUCUUCAAUGCAGCGAGAAAUUCCUGCACCCGGAAGCGUCCUUCAGCUGUCCAUUCAUAUACAUUGUAGUAGACAUACAUGUAUCAUCCGUAAACAACACCUAAUUCCUGUUAGAAGUACAGCCAUAUACCGGUAUAUAGUUUAUUGUAUCUCGAAGAUAGAUCCAUUCAACUUUGUUAUGGACGUUCUUUGGGGCAAUUUUACAAAAAAAUUGC